GUGCCAGAAAUCCUGACAAUCCUUUACGAUCAUCUGCCAGCUGCUCAGCAGGGCAGCCUGAAGGAGUUCCUCUUUGAGGCAGUGUCUGUCCUGGGCUGCUAUCACCCUGAGGCAGUAACCAACAGCCUCCUCCAGAGACACCUGCCCAUGGACAGUGAUACCGUGGAGCUGUGGAGGACUCUUGGCAGAGGCAUCUUUGCAAUUGAAAUGCUCCAGUUGCUAAUGGGCAAACUGGAGAGCGCUGAAGACACCCCCGCCAGAAGCAACUGCCUCGAUGAGGAAGGGAGCGACAAUCUGGCUGCGCUGGAGCCUCUCAUGGUAACCUGUGCCCUCCGUGAGCUGGUGUAUUCCCUGGAGCCCCGGGAAAGUGUGUCUCUCCUGCUGCCACGGCUGUUUCCAAUGCUGCUGAAACAAAUCAGCAACACUCUUGGAAAGGAGCUGCCUUCAUCUGCAGGAAGAGUUGAAGACGAGCCAGUCCUUGUGGCAAGUGGUGAAGGCAGCAGUCCUUGCAGGCUUUCCAUCAAAGCAUUAGAUACUGUGCUCUGCAAGUGCAUCAGUGAGAAAUGCAUGGGGAUUCUCCGGAAGCAGAACACAUGGGCUUUUCUUGAAAAUCCCCGGACAUACCAUGAGGGCAUGUGUCUGCUGACUAGUGUUCUCCUCCAAACUGAUGUGGUCACGGUGACCACCAUACGUGCUGUCUUGCCAUGGCUGGACUCGCCAUCAGCAAACCUGAGGAUCAUGGCAGCAUCUUUCUUUGCUGAGCUGAUGAAGGCGCCAAUGCUUCAGAAGUGGAAGCUACUUCAGCCUGUCCGCCGUGCAUUGGUGGACAAAUCCCUGGAUGCCAGCAGCACUGUGCGCCGGAUGGCAGUGAGGGGCCUGGGCAAUCUGGCCAGUGGAGCACCUGAGAAGCUGAGAAAGCACAAGAAGGCCAUUCUGAAGGCGUUAAUGAGGGCCAUCAAGGACGUCACCUCUUCUGAGAUCGUGGGCGAGAGUUUGUCAGCUCUGGCGAAAGUGGUGGCAGAGCUGGGAGAGAAGGACAUUGGAGUCACCUUUAAAGAAAUCGCCCUUUAUACCAAGACUUUCUUUGAUGUCGACGAGGCAGUCCUUCGUUCCUCAGCCUUCACCUUGUAUGGAGUCCUGGCCUCCUCUGCCAAGAGGAAAUGGAAAUCUUUUCUCGGCAAAGAAAUUACAACUUCUACGUGGACCAGAAUUAUGCUCCAUCUUCAGGACCCAGAUCCAGAAGUUUGCAAUGCCUGUCGAAGCACUUUCCUGCUCUGCACUCCAUUCCUGGGCCUGCAGAAGCUGCAAACCCAAGUUGCUCUGAACACCGAGAAGAGUGCAGAAGAGCUCCAGGAAGCUGUCUGCAGUCACCUGGCCAGAGACAUGCCAGAGCUUCUGCAAAGCGUCUAUGACACCCUCCAGACCUACUUCUGGAGCUCGUGUUGGGGGAUGCGGACUGCAGCCAUCCAAUUAGCUGGUAAGAGACAAAGCUGA